AGGGUUGCUAUUCCGCGAUUGAAGAGGUCUGAGGAUGGGCGCGACGCCUACAAGGCCAGACAACGAGUCUCGCGAGCGUGUGCACAUUGCCAGUCUCAGAAGACCAAAUGCACCGGUGACAGGCCGCGUUGCAAGCGUUGCGAGACUACAGAUCAUGAGUGUGUGUAUAUUAUGCUCAAAAAGGACAGGCUGAAGAUUGCCACGGAUGUAUGUCAGCAGAUGGCUACGCUCCUAAUGAGGAUGAGAGCCUACGCGACCGCGGAAGAUAACACUGAAAUUGGUAAAGCGCUUGAAGCCAUGAAAGACAUCUACUCACCCGUACGAAACGAAUCCAUCCCGGAAAUUCAUACAUCUUUGGAGUCUGAAGCAAGGCCACCUGAAGCAUCGAUUGUAGUUUCUGAUCCAGACGGUAGCCGCAAUGUGUCAGACAAUAUCAACGAGGCAUCGCAUCGGUACAUCGUUUGCGGGAGCGAUCGAGUUGCUUCCCUCAACGAGAAUCUACACGCAAAUAAUAGUGCUUCUGCCACUGGAUACAUCGGCAUGAGCUCAGAAGUGCGAUGGCUGCGCAGUAUCGCAGAAAAUCGGUCACAACAGGCUGGAAACAGAAGGGAAUCAUUCCCGCACUUGGAAAGGCACGAGCCGCUUGAAUCACGGGCGAGGUUGCUCUCCUAUUGGACUGACAGCGCAGGUGUCAGUCGCAUAGAUACUAACAUUAACCCGCACGAGCUACCACCGCCCGGACUCGCCAAGAAGCUUCUAUCGUGCUAUCUGCUCAAAGUCCAAGACUCGUUCCCAAUCCUUCCUCGUACGACGUUUGAAAGCCAAUUUCGCCUUUACUUCGAAGCUCUACAUCACGGCAACCCGCCUCGCCUGGCUCCUUUGUGGCAGGCAAAACUCAACCUUGUAUUUGCCAUCGGUGCACAGUAUCUAGUCCUGGCACAUGCUGGACAGUAUGCUGACAAAUGCGAUCCCCUUGUAUUCUACGCAAGAGCUGAUGCGUUGUUGCCCGGCGGGAUCGAACAAACGGGAUCUGCGGACGUACCUAGGAUCCAGUACCUCGGACUCCUGUCUUUCUAUCAUUUGUGUACUGGGCAGGUCAGCCGAGCAUGGAACAUCAUUGGCACAGCCCUUCGCCUGGCGUGCUCUCUAGGCUUACAUCUUCGAAACGAAGAUCGCUCUGCUUCUCAGGCGAAACAAGAAGCACUUUCGCGCGUGUGGUGGAGCCUCUAUUCCCUUGAGCACUUGCUCAGCACUGUGACUGGUCGUCCCAGCAUGGUCGAAGACAUGUACUGCUCAGUGUCGGUAAUAGGUCCUGUUGCAGGAGCCUAUACUCCUAGCGGAACAGAAGACAUGUUUUGGAUAGGCAAACCGAGUACAAGUCCCUUCCCCGUAAAUGCCGAUCUCGUCAGUAAUUCCGGUCGAACUCAGUACGCCGUAACCAAUCUCGGGUUCGUAGAAUCAGGCUCUGCGACAGCUUUCGCGGCUUCUGUUCAGUUAUCCAUCAUCACGCAGGCAAUCUUGUCGUCUCUGUAUCCUGCGGUCGAUCCUGCCAGAUCUGGUGAUGAGAUGCAGCAGGUAAUGACGAGAUUUGAACGACGUCUCGACCAAUGGAUAGAGUCACUUCCCAACAGACUGAACUUCGAACAGCUGACCGACGUACUAGACACUGAUCGAGAUCGCGAACGCGUGCUACUUGGUUUCCAGUUGUCUAGUGCAAGGAUAUUGCUUGGGCAACAAUGCUUCCACGCUUACAUAUGGAGGCAGACUCUGCCAAUGCAUUACGAGGCACGAUUUGCCUGCAAGAUAAGCAGCAUCUGUCUCAAUGCCGCGAAGGCGAUCAUCAACUUUCUUCCAGACGAGCCGUGUGCUGACUUCAUAUACAACCAAUGUCCGUGGUGGUGCUUCGUUCAUCAUCUAAUGCAAGCGGUUUCGAUCUUUCUGCUCGGCUUAUCAGAUCUAUGUAUAUCACCAGAAGAUGGUAUGUCGCUACAGAGUUAUGUCAAUAAGACGAUUGGAUGGCUACAAGUCAUGGAUAAUGCCGUGGCUCACCGGGCGGACCAAACCGUCAGACAUUUGCUCUCCUUGGAAGUUACAGGUACAUGAUAGCAAGCUGGAUAUUCACCCCUGCAUAUUUUCCACAAAUUGGUGUUCCUGCAACCAAGCCGCCCUCAAGAUCUUGUGCCUGUGAUGAUCGUGUGUGAGGGUGGUAGAAGCGCGGCACAGCAAGAGCAGGUCUGUCUUGAUGCAGCUCCGCAGCAAGAUCGGUGCUC